CAGCUGUGAGCUCCAGAGUCCCAGCCGUUCCUGCCCGCACCGUUCCCGGUCCCGCUCCAGUGCCCGCAGCCUGCUGCCCCCGCCGCCAGGCCGGCCUCCUAGGGCUGUCCGCUGCCCUCCGCCAUGGGCCUGGAGCUCUACCUGGACCUGAUGUCCCAGCCCUGCCGCGCCGUCUACAUCUUCGCCAAGAAAAACGGGAUCCCCUUCCAGCUGUGCCCCGUGGAGGUGCUCAAAGGCCAGCACUACACUGAGUCCUUUACCCAAGUGAACCCCCUGAGGAAGGUGCCGGCCUUGAAGGAUGGAGACUUCACCUUGGCUGAGAGUGUGGCCAUCCUUCUGUAUCUGAGCCGCAAGUACAAGGCCCCUGACCACUGGUACCCCCAGGACCUGCAGGCCCGCGCCCGUGUGGAUGAGUACCUGUCGUGGCAGCACACCGCCCUGAGAAGUUGCUGCACCAGGGCCAUGUGGCAGAAGCUGCUGUUCCCUGUGUUCCUGGGCCAAGCUGUGCCCCCUGAGACGUUGGCGGCCACGUUGGCUGAGCUGGACAGGUGCCUGCAGCUGCUUGAGGACAAGUUCCUGCGGGACCAACCCUUCCUUGCUGGUCCCCAAAUCUCCGUGGCUGACUUGGUGGCCAUCACAGAGCUGAUGCAUCCCGUCAGCGCCGGCUGUCGCGUCUUCGAAAGCCGCCCGAAACUGGCUGCGUGGCGCCAGCGUGUGGAGGCUGCGGUGGGGAAGGAUCUCUUCUGGGAGGCCCACGCGGUGAUCAUGAAGGCCAAGGACAUACCCCCGGCAGAACCGGCCGUGAAGGAAAAGCUGGGGCCCUUACUGCAGGUGUUGCUGCAGUGAGUGGGAGGCCCUGCCCGGCGGAGCCGCGAUGUCCCCGGCUGUAGGCAGAACACUGCCAAUGCUCUGUGCCCCAAUUUCCCAUGGCCAUCGGGUCUGUGUGCACCUUUUGUCACCCACCCACUGUCACCCUUCCUUCCAUUGGACCUCUGGGUCACCUCUGGAACGAGCUUGAAUAAACACUGAUUCGGCUGA